AUGAGAAUCACCUACAUCCUCCAAGCAGACUUCAUACCAGAGUCAGCUGUCUGGGGCUCAUAUCAGAGCAGUCCAGACACACACUUCUUCCACGACUGCCCCAACUGUACAAAGAGCAGCAAAGUCUCCGAAUGGCAAUUUCAGAUUUCACAUCACAACCUACAGUGGCAACCUACCGCAGUUGAACGACUGGGAGGACAGUUGGGAGACAUACUUUACGAAGAGCAUGUUGUGGGCACUCGACCGGGAUUGAAAGUCAGAGCACCGGAUCCCUAUUUGGACACCUUGACUCCGACCCUGAUCGAAAAGGCGAUUCCUCGAUUGCUUCGACCGCCUGAGAGUGAAGACAGAUCUGUCAAACCUUCCCUGGUGCACGGGGAUCUCUGGUAUGCCAAUUCAGGGGUCGAUGCCGAUACAGGUUACCCAUUGGUCUUUGAUGCGUGUUGCUUCUACGGCCACAACGAAUACGAAUUUGGCCAAUGGAUGCCAACUUGCAACAGAUUUGGCGCCCCGUACUUGAUGGCGUAUCGCUCUUAUGUGCAAAUAUCUCUGCCUCAGGAAGAUUACCAAGGGCGGCUGGAUCUCUACAAGUUGUGCAAGAUUUAA